AUGUCUUCUGGAGGUCUUCUUCUCCUACUGGGACUCCUCACCCUCUGGGCAGAGCUGACCCCCAUCUCUGGAGAGAAACCCCGUCCCCGGCCAAAGUUUUGUUAUCUUCCUGUUGUAACCGGACCAUGUCAUGCCAGAAUUCCUCGCACCCACUACAACCCGGCUUUGAACCGAUGUCAACAGUUUAUUUACGGUGGAUGCAAGGGGAAUGAAAACAAUUUUAAGGACCUCAAUCAAUGUCGCUACACUUGUGUUG